AUGGGUGGCGGCGGCAAGGUUCCCUACCCGAAGCACGUCUGGUCCCCGGCCGGUGGAUGGUACGGCCAACCACAUAAUUGGAAAUCAAACACAAUAGUCAUGGGCGUGGUGAUUGCGGCGUGCACGGCGCUGGCGUGGAGAGUUUCUGCGGAGAGGGAAGUGCGAUACAAGAUGCCUAGGGAGGACGUGUUCUUUCCGAGUCGGUAG